UGAAAACUAAUAGGCCUAUGGGGUGUGAUUAGUUCAUUCCUUAAAGUGUGUAUGCAGCGGUUCCGUUAUUUCAGUCUAUGUCAGAGAACCUAAUGAGUAGUCCACUAAUACACUGUGUUAAUAGGAUUAUGAAGAGUGAUUUAGUUCUCUGUUGCUCCAUUCACAUGUUCAGUCACAGUCAGGUGUUACAGCCUGAGGGACAGAAAUGAAGGACCCGCAGUUUCCAGACACCGACUUACAAAUUAAGAUGCAGGCCAAGGCUGAUGUAAAAGAGGCCAGACGUUUUACCUCAUUCAGGACAAAGUGAGUUAACAUGGAGGUUAAUCUCAUUACCAAUGUCCUAUACACGGAACGGUUACACUACCUGUCUGCACGAUGACUUUUGUAAGAGUUAAGCAGUCUAAUGCUGGUGACAGAGCAAGGGAAAAAAAUAGAAGAUAAAGCCAUCAAAACGAGGCUAUGGCCGAAGCAGAAGGCAAGCAAAAAAUCCAAAGAUGAGGCUCAGAAGGUGGAAAAGACAACCGAGCCGUUGGCCUCUACUGCCGUCUGUGCCUUCCCACAGCUGACCGAAGCAGAGAGAAUGAGGCAGUCACCGUUUGAGAGUGUGGUAUAUGACAUGGCCCACAACGAGAAGAUCAUCAACGACCUGAUACUUGGUCGAAGGGUUGGCUUCUAUGAGCUGCGUGGAGAGAUUGGGCAGGGUAACUUCUCUACAGUCAGGCUGGGCAUCCAUGCCUUGACGAAAGAGAGAGUAGCUGUUAAAGUCAUGGACAAGCUGCGUCUGGAGAAGAAGAGCCGGCCUAUGACUUCCUCAGAAAUCAGCUGCAUGGAGAAGCUGUGCCACCCCAACAUAGUGCGCCUUUACGAGGUGAUCGAGACCAGCCGGAAACUGUAUCUGGUGAUGGAGUAUGGCAGCGGUGGAGACCUGUUCUCCCGGAUCACCACCAGGGGGAAGCUUAACGAUCUGGAAGCCAAGCUGGUCUUUGCACAAGUCAUCUCUGCUGUUAAACACAUGCAUGACCACAACAUCAUCCACAGAGACCUUAAGGCAGAAAACAUCUUCUACACCACCAGCUACUGCAUCAAGGUAGGAGAUUUCGGCUUCAGCACAGAGAGCAGCCCUAAUGAGCUCCUCACCAACUUCUGUGGCUCUCCACCUUAUGCUGCUCCUGAACUGUUCAAGGAAAAAGGCUACAUUGGACUCUAUUCUGAUAUUUGGGCUUUAGGUAUUCUCUUGUACUUCAUCGUGACGGCCACUAUGCCCUUUUAUGGGGACAACCUGGGGAGGCUGAAGCGCUGCAUCCUCCAGGGGGCUUACAGUAUCCCUGCUUUUGUGCUCGAGCCAUGCCAGCUGGUCAUUAAGGGCAUGCUGCGGCCUGUGCCUUCUGAUCGCUCCUCUCUCACACAGGUUACAAACAGUGCUUGGCUGAGGGGGAUUGAGUACCCUCCUCCGUAUGUCUUGUUGCCCAUGUCUCCGGCCCACUUUGCCCAGGCCGGCCAGGCUCUGUGUAUGGAGGAGCAGGAGGUGAAGAGUUUGCUGUCAGAUCUAGGCAUCGUGACAGUUCAUUUCCAAAACAAUCCCUGUUUAGAUUAUAAGAGCCCGUUGACGGGGACCUACCGGAUCCUCCUCCAUCGGGUCCAGAAGAGGAGGUCAGUGGAGGCUGUAGGUUAUUCAGCGCUUCAACCUGAUGAGUAUAGGAGCCUGAAGAAGUGGUCUGCAGCACCUGUGGACAAACACAAUCCAUCUGCUGUCUGUGUUGUACUGUAAUGAAAAAUAACUGGACUGCUUUAGUUGUGGCAACACAGGCACUUUAUCACAUGCACAUGUGUUCAUUAGUAGUCUUCAACUUGUAUUGUGCAAUACUGGACUGAAAUGCUACGCACACAUGGAGGUUGAGGUCUUCUGUCCCACAUAAAGUUCACAGACGAGGGCACCUCUCUUAAGUAAUUAGCUAUAGCUUUCUGUUCUGAUUAUGUCACCACCAACAAGCUUACUGACGCAAAACGUUCAUCAGUCAUUGUAUGGCUAUCAGCAUCUUCCAAUCCCUCUUAGUCAGAGCAUAAAUCUACUGAGCUAAUCCAAGGCCACAGCUAAUCCUAACAAGGGAGACACUGAGAACAUGCUUGGUCCAACAGAAAUGAAACAUGAGACUAUGAGUGUGAAAAAAACAUGUCCUGGGAAAAACAAUGACAUUAGGCAUAAAACAAAAUUAUGACCACAUAAGGCCAGAGCUAUAAACAAAAUGUAACCAGUCUUAAAUGUUUGUCUGAUGCCUAAAAUGCCUUCAUUUAGUCUAGAUGUUUAUUUAAAAACUUUCUAAAUAAGAUACACAUUUUAUGACUGUGACAAAAAAAAAAGUCUGGAGCACACAGAUUGUUUUAAAUUUCGCACAAUUUAAUCUAAUUUUGUUAAUAUCUAUUUUGAGUAUUGUGCUUAUGUUUUAAGGCAAGACUUUCAUAAAUGCUUCAUGGACACAGGUCUAAAUUUACUGCCACUCUGUAUUAACAGUUAUAGUAAUCAAUAAGGCCAAAUUCACUCAUCAUAAUAAAAGUAUUUUCAAACAAUUAUUUUAAAUUGUUUCCUUUCAGAUCUUCUCAUCUGGAUACUAUCCUCUGGCUCUAUCUGUCCAGCAGGAGGCAUGUUGUUACAGGAUAAUGAUAAUAUUAUUUUUCUGCUGCAUGGACCAUUUACAAAGAGAUUUCUACUGGGAUGUUGUAUGAUUCCUUGCUUUCUUGUGAGCCCUGAUGUUUGGCUCUUGAGCCAGUGUGCAGAGAUUUUGGAGCCAUCUCAAGCACACAUAAAAGCUGAUAGUAAAAUAUGAUGCUUUUCUAUAUCUGUGAAUUCUACAGAAUUAUGAGUGAGUUCCUCUGAGACAGACAAUUUUAUUCCAUUCCAAUCUGGGAAGUCAAACUUGGAAAGCUCUUUCUCCACGUAAUGGCCCUUCAGUUCCAAUUCACCCCACAUGUGAAUUUCCCCUUAGGGUACAACAGUCUCUAAGACCGGCAUCACACUUUGCCUGUUACCGUCACCUUGCAAUUCUGCCAGAGUCUGCAUGCCCCUGCUGAGAUUCUGAUAAGCUUUAUAUUUUCCAAUAAAUUUUUGAACUCCCAUCCAACAGCCUGUUCACACAGGAAUGCUUACACGUUGUGUGGGCAGGAGCAGAAAUUGAAAGGGAUUAACAAGGUCCCUAUGAGUGCCAAGGAGGAGUCUUGACUUGUUGUUUAUUUAGGAAUCCUGCUCUUGCUCAAUAUCCAUGGUGUGAAACUCCCUCUUAUCAUUUUCACUUGUGCAAAAUAAUGCUCAUCGUUACAUUAAAAAUGAAAGUCAAACAACACACUGACAGGGAAUUCAAUAACAAAAUCUCUCUCCUUGGAAAAACACAUUUCGAAAGGGUGAUGCUGAUGCAUCAAAGAAAGAAAGUAAGUUGUUUAGACCAGAGUAUAUCAUUUAACUUUAGGUGAUCAGGUGGUGUAAGGUGGAUUACCAUGAUAUGUCAACAUACACAGAAGCUUACCCUUAGCUAAACAUUAAAGCCUGAAACUAAAACAGCAUAUCUUCAGUCUGUUCAGAUAAUGACAGGGCUGAGUUUUCACUGACUGGGAGAGAAUAACGUCUUAAUCUGUGCAGAAUCUGCUGUUAAUACUGCAACACAUAAAUAAGAAAAACAAAAGAUAUUAAAAUUUGUAUCUUCGAUUUACUCACAAACCCCUGCUUGAACGAAAAAGUGCUUAGUAAAAUAAUGUUUAAACCAUUACUCAUCUACAAACAUUUUCAUAUGAAAUAUAUUCUUUCUUUAUCUGUACCUUUCCAUACCCUCUGGAAUUAUCAUGACCAGCCAAAAGAUCAACUGUAAAAGCAAGUCAGCAUUUGUGGGUAAUUGCAUUUGGCAGUGAAAGAGCAGCCUUGAGCUCUGGAUGUAGCACAAAUCAGUUCAUAAAAACAGGGUCAAGAU